AUGGCGGACCAACAGCGCGACGAAGGCCGCCACCCUGCCUCGCCUGCCCAGCAGUCGGCGACCGGAGAUGGCGAGGGAGCGGUGCAGCAGCAGGUAUCUGCGUCAAGUGCUCCACGACGCAUGCCCCUCGAGGCCUAUACCCCGGCUGGAGUGAUAGCCGCCGGAGCCGACCUGAUGCAGGAGCCAGAGACGCGGGCAGCGAUGGAGCGUUACUGGGACGCCAUGCUUACGCUCGAGAAGCAACUAGAUUUUCUCCAGGAGCUGCACGAGGCGGCCGGCGGCGGCGAUGACACGGACAACGACGAGGCCAUCCAGGCAGCACGGGAGCCGGUCGUGGACAUGGUGCGCGAGUACCAAGCGGCAUUCGCCGCAGCGGAUGCCCGGGGCGGAUGGCUUCGGGCGUGGUAUCCAAUCCCGCAAAGCUUCAAGGACGCGCGAGCUCAACGGCAAGCGAGACGAAGCGAGGAGGCUAAUCUGGGCCAAGAAGCCCGAGACAAGACAUCGCCAGGCGAGGAGGCAUCUUGA